CUUGAACCACUGCUUUGGUUCAACGCCACGUACCCAUCCACAAAGCAGCACACAAAGCAGCAUCGUAUGCGAUUUGAAAGAUCGUCAAUGCCGACCUCAUUUCCGAAUCCACCUACCAGAGCUCAAGGCGUAAGAACAAGUCAUCACUCAAGCAUCAUGGCUACUGAUCUCAUCAUGUCCGGUGACUGCGGCGGCACCAACACGCGUCUAUCGCUGUGGAAUAUCCCCAAGGACUCCAAGCACACCAAGGGUGAUAUCGCCCCUGGAUCGAUGCUCUUCUCCAAAAAGUAUCUGAACGAGGACUACGCCAGCUUCGCCGAAGUCUGCCACUUGUUCCUAAACGAAGCAAAGCUCGUGGACCAGAUCCCUGAAGCCUGCGUACUCGCUUGCGCUGGUCCCAUUCUCAAGAACACGGUUGACUUUACAAACGUCGAAUUCGGCUGGAAGAUCGAUGGUCCUGGUCUUGAGAAGGAAUUGGGCAUCAAGAAGGUUCGUCUGAUCAACGACUUCGCCGCGAUGGGCUACGGUCUGCUUACACUACGCCCACACGAGUACAUUGUGCUCAAUGACGCUCCUAAGGACGAGACUGCUCCUAUGGCCACUAUUGGCGCUGGUACCGGUCUUGGCGAGUGCUUUCUGACUCCUGGUAUGGACGGCCAGUACUCGUGCUUCGCCUGCGAAGGUGGCCACACCGAUUUUGCACCUGCCGACGAAAUUGAAAUCGAGCUGUACAACGAGAUCAAGACGAAAUUGGGCUGCAGUCAGCGUUUCUCGGUGGAGCGUAUUGUGUCUGGCCCUGGUCUGGCUACGAUCUACGAGUUCCUGGCCAAGAAGUUCCCCGAGAAGGUGGACCCGAAGGUGCACGAGCAGUUCCUGACUGCCAACACGCAGCAGGGCAAGGUGAUCGGUGAGAACGCCAAGACGAACGAGCUGUGCAACCAGACUCUGGAGAUCUUCGUGGGUGCGUAUGGCCGUGAGGCUGGUAACGCGAUGCUCAAGUAUCUGCCUCGCGGUGGCUUCUACAUCACGGGUGGUCUGGCCCCCAAGAACCUGGACUACUUCACUAAGAAGGACAUUUUCCUCAAGUCUGUGUUCGACAAGGGUCGUGUGAGUCCUGCCAUCAAGGCUUGCCCCAUCUACUUGGUCCUAAACGAGGAUUUGGGCGAACGUGGAGCCCACUACUACGCGUACCAGUUGCUGACGGAGUCUCAAUAAGCUAUCGUCUAGGUCGAGUUGUGUGACGAUUUUAAUAGAAGAUCGCGUUUUUGAUAUGAGGCAACCCGAAUCCAUACUAGAGGCAAUGCUUUGGUCUGGGAAUACAGUCCAAUCAAAAUUUGGAUUUUCCCCCCAAUAUUCCUUAAUUUUGCUUGUUGUUGCUAAGGUGAGUGGUGCGUAGCCAUAGCAAACCGCGCGGUGUUCGCUUCGAGCCCCGCGUUGCAUACCAG